UUGGCGAUGGUGGCAGCGAAUAGUCUGCCGGGUCGACCAAUCUCUUCUUUUCCGCCUGUGAAUUUGACAGUGACGCAAGUUUCUCGCUCCGAUUUUAAUUCCCUUUUAAUCAUAGUUUUAAGGAAUAUUUUUAGAUUAUCUAGUGGUCCCAAAGUGAAAUAACCAGCGGAGAGAGCAACAGUACAAAGAGAUUGUGGCCCUUUUGGGGCCAUAGGAAAAAUGUGAUAUUUUCACCCAUUAGACACACUUUUCUAUCCUUUUUUGAUCCUUAUCGUUACUUUCUCCCUCUCAAUUCCUCCUUAUCACACUUAUCACUUGAUCAGUUUGUCCGGCGAGCCUGUGGAGUGUGUGCGCACGCAGAGGAAUGGGAGAUUUUAACAAGAACGCCCCGCCGGGGCAGCCAAAUGAGCAGAUGUACGUGAAUUUCGACCAAUUCAUCGCUCAAAACAACUUCCGACAGUUCCAACAAUUCCCAUCUAUGGAGUUCUACAACACCAAUCACUACUAUUCCACUCCGGCUCAGGGAUUCUCCGGUCACAACACGCAGAUGCACAACACGAUGUAUCAGCCUUUCGCACCUUUUUCCAACUUCAUCGCCGAGAACUCAUCUCUCACUGCCACUGCCAGUGAGUUCGUGCCUCGCGGGGCCACGGCGAGUGGGCCGGAGGAGCCGCCGGAGCCGCCGCCAGUGGAGCAGAAGGAGUCUCGCGCCGAGGAGACAACUAGGCGCACGAAUGAGGCGGAUGCGAUGCUCUCGGAGCUGAACAUCAACGGGCAUCAGAGUCAGACGGGAGCCAUUCGCAAGCAAUGGCGCACAGAGAAUCCACGCCGAGAGUAUCGCCGGAAUCAGGAAGCCGCGCCGAGAUUCCAGGCACGCAAUCGGCCUGCUCAGCAUCACCAGGAGUGGCAGGAGGUGGAGUAUUCCAGUCGCAGAGGCGCAAAUGGGAGGCAGAAGUUUGCAUCUGGCGGUGAGAAGCGUCAGAAGUGGUCGAAGAAUAGGCAAGACAAGGAGAAUGGUCACUCCGAGAGCAUUGAGGAGGCGGAUGAAGCGAGGAAGCGCAGGAAUCACCAGGAUUUCCGGCCAAAUCGCAAUCUGAAGCCAUCGGUGGCAGUGGAGGGUGAGCCUUGCUCGCAGCGGGAGAAGCUGGAGCGCGAGAUUGACACGGGAAAGCUGGAGUGUCUGGUGUGUUGUGAGAAGAUCAAGCCCUUCCAUUCGGUGUGGACGUGUGGGAAUUGCUAUCACAUCUUGCAUCUGAACUGCAUCGUGAAGUGGGCCGCCAGCUCGAAGAGUGAGUCGGGAUGGCGUUGCCCGGCGUGCCAGAACAUCACGCGCGCCGUGCCGAGGGACUAUCUGUGUUUCUGCGGGAAGCAGAAGAAUCCGCAGUACAACAGGAGCGACGUGGCGCACAGCUGCGGUGAUGUCUGUGGCAGGAGUGAGAAUUGUCCGCAUCCGUGCACACUUUUGUGCCACCCGGGACCCUGUCCGCCCUGCCAGGCGUCCGUGCAGCGCAGCUGCGGCUGUGGCAAGGAGACACGUACGCUUCAGUGUCAUCAGGUGGUGAAGAUUCUCUGCGGGGCCACUUGCGAGAAGACGCGCGCGUGCGGUGUGCACAAGUGCGUGGAGAUCUGCCACGUGGACGCGUGUCCGGAGUGUCAGGAGACGCGAGAGCACAAGUGUCACUGUGGGAAGCACCAGAAGACUGUGACGUGCUCCAAGGAGAACAAUGAGGUGACUCAGUAUGAAUGCGGCGAAGUGUGUGGUCAUGAUCUGGAGUGUGGGAAUCACAAGUGCUCGGAUCUCUGUCAUCCCGGAGAGUGUGGCGAGUGCAAGCUUUCUCCCACUGUCGUGAAGACUUGUCCGUGCGGCAAGAAGUCGGUGAAUGAGAGGAAGUCUUGUCUGGACACUGUGCCUCUCUGUGGACAGAUCUGUGCCAGGCGCUUGCAGUGCGGCACGCCUGGGAAUCCGCAUCUGUGCGCCGCUAAGUGCCACCAGGGUACUUGUCCGCCCUGUCCCAAGUCCACGGCAACCAAGUGUCGCUGUGGCCACAUGGAGCAGAUGGUAAAGUGCCGGAAGUUGACCACGAGGGCCGAUGAUGCGCGCUGCAAGCGUCGCUGCACGAAGAAGCGCAACUGCGGCAAGCACAAGUGCAACCAGGAGUGCUGCAUUGACAUCGAUCACGUCUGCCCGCAGCCAUGCACGUAUACGCUGAGCUGCGGAAAGCACAAGUGCGACAAGACGUGUCAUCCUGGGCACUGCGAUCCGUGCUAUCGCAGCUCCUUUCAGGAGCUCUCGUGCGAGUGCGGCACCACGACAAUCUAUCCGCCGGUGCCGUGCGGAACUAAGAGACCAGUCUGCAACAAGCCGUGCACGCGUCAGCAUGCGUGCGCUCACGAGGUGCUGCACAACUGCCACACGGCGCAGCAGUGUCCGCCGUGCAUGCUGCUGACCACCAAGUUCUGCCACGGUCGCCACGAGCAGCGCAAGACCAUCCCUUGCAGCCAGGAGGGCUUCAGCUGCGGCAUGCCGUGUCGCAAGGAGCUGCCAUGCGGGCGCCACAAGUGCAUCAAGACCUGUCACGAGGGUCCGUGUUUGCAGCAAGGUGAGAUUUGCAAGCAGAAUUGCCCAACGGCUCGGGUAAUGUGUCCGCAUGCAUGCCGGGCACCGUGUCACGAUGGUGAAUGUCCGGAGACGCUGUGCAAGGAGUUCGUGGAGGUGUCCUGUCCGUGUGGGAAUCGGAAGCAGCAGAGGACUUGCCAUGACUUUGCCAGUGAAUACCGUCGAAUUGCCACGUCGCAGCUCGCGACGUCAAUGCAGGAGAUGCAGAGGGGCAACUCGAUUGAGUUGAGUGACAUUCUAGGUCCCAUUAGGGUCACGAGUGCCAAGACGAAGGUACUGGAGUGUAAUGAUGAGUGUCGCACGCUGGAGCGCAAUCGUCGUCUGGCCAUUGGUCUGCAGAUUCGCAAUCCGGAUCUGCCGUCGAAGCUGCAGCCCAAGUAUUCGGACUUUUUGCGCGGCUGGGCGAAGAAGGAUGCGUCGUUUGUGAAGAACAUCCACGAGAAGCUGACUGAUCUGGUGAAGUUAGCCAAGGAGAGCAAGCAGAAGUCGCGCAGUCAUUCAUUUCCCACGAUGAACAGGGAGAAGCGCCAGGUGGUGCAUGAGAUGUGCGAGAUGUUCGGCGUGGAAUCGGUGGCGUAUGACGCUGAGCCCAACAGGAACGUCGUGGCCACGGCCUCCAGGGAAACGUCUUGGCUGCCUGGGAUGAGUCUCCUGGAGGUGAUGGAGCGCGAGAGCGGCCAACGACGAGUUCCUCUGCCGAAUGUUUGGGGAACAAAGAGAACAUAGAAAGAGAGAGAUG